AUGUUCAGUUCAGUGUUUCAUUCUACCCUGCAGGUCACUCAAAAAACAAACCCGUCUGUAGACAUGAGUGAUAGCACAGAGGAGACAAAUGAAUCUAUCUAUCUAUCUAUCUAUCUAUCUCUAUCUAUCUAUCUAUCUCUCUAUCUAUCUAUCUAUCUCAGUCUCUUCAUUAUCUAUCUAUCUAUCUAUCUAUCUAUCUAUCUAUCUAUCUAUCUCAGUCUGUUUCUAUCUAUGCCACUCUGUACAUAUCUAACUAUCUAUCUAUCUAUCUCAGUCUUCUCAUUAUCUAUCUAUCUAUCUAUUUCAGCCUUUUUCUAUAUAUGUGAAUCUAUACAUAACUAUCUAUCUCACUCUGUACAUUAUCUAUCUAUCUAUCUAUCUAUCUAUCUAUCUAUCUAUCUAUCUAUCUAUCUAUCUAUCUAUCUAUCUAUCUCAGUCUGUUUCUAUCUAUGUCACUCUGUACAUAUCUAUCUAUCUAUCUAUCUAUCUAUCUAUCUAUCUAUCUCUCUCUCUCUAUCUAUCUAUAUAUAUAUAUAUAUAUAUAUAUAUAUAUUUUAA